GCGGUUCGGUGAAGGUUGUUUCGAUUGUUGCUGACAUUUGGGCGCUUGGUUGGUUAGUGCGCGCCCUUCCCUGUAUGAGUUAGGACCGCGUUCGGUACGUCGGAUGCUGCAUUUCGGGAAGUUUACUCUCCCUCUCGCUAGAUGACGCUGCUAGCGAUACUUUAGAGUUACAUAAUUUAUAUUUUUGCUUCGGUGAAGGAUCUGCUCCUCGCACUGCCAGACGGAGGUUGUGCGUCAAAUAAAGGCAACGACGAGAGACGCUGGCCGUUCUCAGCCGUUCAUCACGGUCGGUGCUAUACGACUUGGUUCGUCCUAGAGGAAAGACAUUUUUGACAGUCAACUGAUAAGGGAGAGGCCGUCAUUGUCGUUCGACGACGAUACAACGGAACUGUGUAUAUGCAAGUACAUCUCUUUACACGGGGACGACGAGUGUGUCUGGUAUAGUUUGAGGCGUUUGCACAGUGUCUUUUCUCAAGGCAGCAGCAUUUUGGGCGAAGAAGAGCAGGUGACUUUGCGGAGCCGAGAAACACGACUGGAUAUCGAAGUAUAGGGAGGGACACGAACGCGCAACCAAAGGCACAAGGAAACUCGAGAAGGGCAAACGAGAAGGAGAAAUUUUCGCCUUUCAACUUUCUUUUCUCAAGUAUACAAAAGAAGAUUUUCCUUUUCUCGUGCGAAAUCGUGCAGAAAAUCUCGAAAAGAAGCAUUUUUGUCGUUCCGUUCACGCCUGGAGCCAUCGGGGAGUGUGAUUUAACAGAGUGCGGUUAGUGCAAAAUGGUUGUGAAAAACGUAAUCACCGUGUAGAGAAAUUCGUCGUCAACAGCAGUAGCAAAUAGUCUUGUUUCGAGGGCAGGGGGAGCGCCAGCCAAGAUGAAUUUAUAAGUGAAAAAGGAAAUACGCCCAUUUCUGAUAUUUCCGUUUUUUGCCUAUCUCCUGACGGGGCGGAUGCUGGAUGCUGGUGUCGGAUGCAAAUCUAGGUGCCGUUGUGUUGUGUAUCGGUGAAAAUUGGAAUCAAAUUAGCAGGGAAAAUGAAUUUAUUGGUUGCUUCCGUGCUGUUGCUGUUUGGUUGCCUAAUAUCGGGCGUAGAGCUGAAAAGCUACAAAUCGACAAACCGAGGCAGUGGUAUCAGCAUAGGUGGCAGCAGCAGCAAAGGCGCUGCCGAUAGUAAAGGCAGUGGUGGCAGUGGGACCACUUCCGGUACCAGUCCGACCCGUGUCACACGGAAUCAGCUGAACGUCGGCCUGCUGGUUCCGCACACAAAUUUCGGUCGACGGGACUAUCUGCGUUCGAUCAAUACCGCUGUCAUUGGUUUGCAGAAGGGGCGUGGACCAAAGCUGACCUUCCUGAAGGACCAUGAAUUUCAAACAAGCAACAUACACUUUGACAUGAUGUCGCUCACGCCAAGCCCCACAGCGAUCCUCAACACCUUGUGCAAGGAAUUCCUGCACGCAAACGUGACCGCCAUCCUGUACAUGAUGAACUACGAAUCGUACGGCCGUAGCACGGCCUCGGCCCAGUACUUCCUGCAGCUGGCCGGUUACCUUGGCAUUCCGGUUAUCUCCUGGAAUGCCGACAACUCGGGCCUGGAACGGAGAGCUUCUCAAUCUACACUUCAACUACAGCUGGCACCCAGCAUCGAACACCAGAGCGCUGCCAUGCUGAGCAUCCUGGAACGGUACAAGUGGCACCAGUUCUCGGUGGUAACAUCGCAAAUUGCCGGACACGAUGACUUUGUGCAGGCCGUACGAGAACACGUGGCCGCAAUGGACCACUUUAAGUUCACCAUCCUGAACUCGGUCAUCGUGUCCCGGCCGAUCAAUCUGGUCGAGCUGGUCAACAGCGAAGCGCGCGUAAUGCUCCUCUACUGCACCAAGGAUGAAGCCGUGGACAUCCUGAAGGCAGCCGAAGACCUCAACAUUGUCGGCGAGAACUACGUCUGGGUGGUGACACAGAGUGUCAUCGAGAACAUGCAGGCGCCGUCGCAGUUCCCGAUGGGCAUGCUGGGGGUUCAUUUCGACACCUCGUCCAGUGCGCUGUUGAAUGAGAUAUCCAACGCUAUUCGGGUGUACGCAUAUGGGGUGGAGUAUUAUCUGAGUGAUCCGAAGAACGCCGGACGGGGUCUGGAUACGCAUCAGCUGUCCUGUGAGGACGAGGGGAGAGGCCGCUGGGACAGUGGAGAGAUGUUUUUCAAGUACUUGAGGAAUGUGUCGCUGGAGGGUGAGCCGAACAGGCCAAAUAUUGAGUUUACCACCGACGGGGAUCUGAAGUGGGCUGAGCUGAAGAUUAUGAAUUUGCGACCCAGUGUGAACAGCAAGGGACUGGUGUGGGAAGAAAUUGGAAUGUGGAAAUCGUGGCAACAGCAGAAGCUCGAUAUUAGGGACAUUGCGUGGCCGGGGAAUUCACAUACGCCACCGCAGGGCGUGCCGGAGAAGUUCCAUCUGAAGAUUACGUUUUUGGAGGAGGCGCCGUACAUAAACUUGUCACCGGCGGACCCCGUUAGUGGAAAGUGUCUGAUGGAUCGGGGAGUGCUGUGUCGGGUUGCGGCAGAUCACGAAAUGACCGAUAUCGAUAUGGGCCAGGCGCACAAGAAUGGAUCGUUCUAUCAGUGUUGUAGUGGAUUCUGCAUCGAUCUGUUGGAGAAGUUUGCGGAAGAGUUGGGUUUUACGUACGAGCUGGUGAGGGUUGAGGACGGAAAGUGGGGAACGCUGGAGAAUGGGAAGUGGAACGGAUUGAUACAUGAGUUGGUGAACAGAAAGACCGACAUGGUGCUAACGUCGUUGAUGAUCAAUGCGGAGAGGGAGGCAGUGGUAGAUUUUAGCGAACCGUUCAUGGAGACAGGCAUUGCGAUUGUGGUGGCAAAGAGAACGGGUAUUAUUUCGCCGACGGCGUUCUUGGAGCCGUUCGACACGGCUUCGUGGAUGUUGGUGGGAAUCUUCGCCAUCCAGGCGGCAACGUUUAUGAUAUUCCUGUUCGAAUGGCUUUCGCCGAGCGGAUACGACAUGAAGACGGUGCUGCAGAAUGCGAACAAUACUCCGUACAGGUUUUCGCUGUUCAGAACGUACUGGCUGGUAUGGGCAGUUCUGUUUCAAGCCGCGGUACACGUGGAUUCACCACGUGGUUUUACGUCUCGCUUCAUGACCAACGUUUGGGCCAUGUUUGCUGUAGUGUUUCUUGCUAUCUACACUGCCAACCUUGCGGCGUUCAUGAUAACCAGAGAAGAGUUCCAUGAGUUUACCGGCCUUGAUGAUACGCGAUUGUCGCAUCCGUUCUCACACAAACCCACCAUCAAGUUUGGCACGAUUCCCUGGAGUCACACGGAUUCCACCAUUUCCAAGUACUUCAAGGAGAUGCACUACUACAUGAAGCAGUACAACAAGUCCAGCGUAGCGGACGGAGUGGCUGCGGUACUGAACGGUCAGAUGGAUGCUUUUAUCUACGAUGGAACGGUUUUGGAUUACCUGGUUCAACAGGAUGAAGAUUGCCGGCUUCUUACCGUUGGUCAGUGGUAUGCUAUGACUGGCUAUGGCCUGGCGUUCAGCCGUAAUUCCAAAUACGUCCAAAUGUUUAACAAGCGGCUGCUGGAGUUUCGUGCAAACGGUGACCUGGAGCGGCUUCGUCGAUACUGGAUGACUGGAACGUGUCGCCCGGGUAAGCAAGAACACAAAUCCUCCGAUCCGCUUGCCUUGGAACAGUUCUUAUCGGCAUUUCUGCUACUGAUGGCCGGAAUACUGCUCGCAGCUUUACUCCUUCUGCUGGAACACCUCUAUUUCAAGUACUUCCGCAAACGACUAGCGAAAAAGGAUCACGGCGGAUGCUGUGCUCUGAUUUCGCUGUCCAUGGGCAAGUCUUUGACUUUCCGGGGAGCCGUCUACGAGGCAACAGAAAUUCUUCGACGACAUCGAUGCAACGACCCUAUCUGCGAUACGCACCUGUGGAAGGUAAAGCACGAACUGGACAUGAGCCGACUGCGGAACACUCAGCUGGAGAAGGCACUGGACGCACACGGAAUUAAGCCACCGCAGAUUAGGAUCGCUUCGACAAACGACAUCAUCGGAGCGGGACGGCGAGAGAACCUCAACCAACGGCCGACCAUUCUCGGCAAUCUGAGUCUGGGCGGCAGUGCGCAGGACUUGUAUCGCUGGUCGUACAAGACGGAGAUUGCUGAAAUGGAAACGGUUCUGUAAGAAGAGCGUGGAGCAGGCGGAGAUACCACGACGACGAACACGGAAUUGUGUGGCAAGCCACCCAAAUGUGAGUACUAAUACGUGAAUACUGAAUCUACCAACUAUAAAUACUACACUCUACCACUUACAACCACCAAUUGACUAAGAAGAGAAAAUACUAAAGAAACCCACCCCGACCAGUUGUGUGCAAAGUCGAAUGGCUAUUUAAAAACGCGCAAAACUAAAAAAAUAAUUGCGAUUAAACUUAGGAACAGGUGUGAGGUCGUAACUAGAAACACACUACUCAUUCAAUAAUGGUCAAUGUCAUCCGCGGUUUACCAGUUGUUCAGGAAACCUAUAUCGCCGCUGGUGCACAACGUAUAGAACUGAGGUAGAUAGGAUAAUAGGAAGGAGAAUCAAUAGUGAAGAAAACUGCCAGACUGGUCAGCAAAUGUUCGCAAGGGUAUAGGAACAAGAUUGAUUACGUUUGGUUGAUGUUGAACAAAUCCCUUCGCAAUUCCACAGUUAUUCCUUUCGCAAUUUUGUGGAAUCUCUCACAAUAAUAAUCUCAAGAAUCUUCGAAAAUGGCUCAGAAAUUGCUAGAGAUAUGUUCCUCGGAAUCUUUGUAGCGAGUUUUUUCUUCGGAAUUUCGUGGGAUUCUGAAGAAAUCACUUCACUAUUCUUCCUAAUGUCUCCUUCGCUCACACACUAUACAUUCUCUCCCGAAAUUCUCUCAUUGUUCUCACCAACCCUCUCACGAGUUUUCGAACAUUUUCUCGCGAAUAUUUACGAAUGAAUUAUAAUAAUCCCUCUAGUGAUUCUUCGGAAUCACAAGUUGUUUGUUUGAAGUAGAUGCUUCCAAAGUCUUUCAUGAUUCUUCCGUAAACCUUCUUGCUAUUCUUCAAUAGAAAGAAUGUGAGAUUGUGGGGAUUAUUUUAAUUCACUCAAUUAUCCUAAAGAUUGUUUCGCAAUAAGCAUUCUUCUGAAAUCUCUCCUAGCAAUUUCAUAGAAAUCCCACCAUAGUUUCUCCUGUAAUUGCCAACACUUUUUUUUUUUUCAUCUUUAUUAACGUGUUUUUUAACAUUAUGCUAGUUCAACACGAGUUGCCAACACUUCUCUCCCACAAACCAUCAAAGAUCUUUCAAUGAUGCUUCCAGUAUCUUUCCAAAAUGCUUCUGAAAUCCUUCCAGACUACAUCCCAUCUAAAAUACUUCCUGAAUGCUUUCAAAAUCCUGCCUUCGGUAUGCUUUCGGGAUGCUUCCUCAAUACUUAUGAGAUGCUUCCGGAAUCCUUUCGUGAUACUUCCAAAGUAGGUUUUGAAUACUUCCAGAAUACUCGCUAAAUGCUUUUAUAAUGCUUACGGAAUCUUUCAGAAAUCUUCAAGAAUCCUUCAAAUGGUUCCAAAUCUUCACGAAAUAGUUCGGAAUCUUUCCGAAAUGCUUCCGAAACCCUUCAAGUGUACUUCAUAAAUCUUUCUGGGAUGCUCCCAAAAACCUUCCGGGAUGUUUCGAGGAUCCCCAGGUAACAUCAGUAGCUGAAUAACAGUUUAUUCAGCUAAACUAUGCUACAGGAUGAUUUGUUCAACUCUUAUUCAGCAAAAAUGUUUGUUGGAAGGCCAUACUUUAUGAAUCCUUCCGGAAUACUUCCAGAACCCUUACUGGGUGCAUCUACAACCCUUCCGGGAUGUCCCAGAAUCCUUUCUUAAUAGUUCCUGAAACCUUCUGAGAUGCUUCCAAAAUCCUUCCUGGAUGACCUGCAGAAUCUCUUUGGGAUACUUGCAGAAUCCCUCGGGGAUGCUUGUAGAAAUCCUUCAAGAUGUUUGCGGAAUCCCUCCAGGAUGCUUGCAAAACCCAUCUGGGAGACUUGCAGAAUCCCUUCGGGGAGGGCUAGUAGAAUCUCUCCAGGAUGCUUGCAGAAUCCCUCCGAAAUGCUUGACGAAUACUUUCAGAAUACUCGCUAAAUGCUUUUAGAAUGCUUACGGAAUCUUUCAGAAAUCUUCAAGAAUCCUUCAAAUGGUUCCAAAUCUUCACGAAAUAGUUCGGCAUCUUUCCGAAAUGCUUCCGAAACCCUUCAAGUGUACUUCAUAAAUCUUUCUGGGAUGCUCCCCAAACUUUCCGGGAUGUUUUGAGAAUCCCCAAGUAACAUCAGUAGCUGAAUAACAGUUUAUUCAGCAAAACUAUGCUACAGGAUGAUUUGUUCAACUCUUAUUCAGCAAAAAUGUUUGUUGGAAGGCCAUACUUUAUGAAUCCUUCCGGAAUACUUCCAGAACCCUUACUGGGUGCAUCUACAACCCUUCCGGGAUGAUCCAGAAUCCUUUCUUAAUAGUUCUAGAAACCUUCUGAGAUGCUUCCAAAAUCCUUCCUCCGGGAGGCUUGCAGAAUCCCUUCGGGGGGGGCUUAUAGAAUCUCUCCAGGAUGCUUGCAGAAUUCCUCCGGGACGCUUGCACAAUCUGUAGAAUAUCUCCGGGAUACUUUCAAAAUUCCUUUGAGAUGUUUGCAGAAUCUAUCUGGAUGACCUGCAGAAUCUCUCUGGGAUACUUGCAGAAUCCCUCGGGGAUGCUUGUAGAAAUCCUUCAAGAUGCUUGCAAAACCCAUCUGGGAGGCUUGCAGAAUCCCUCUGGGAGGCUUGCAGAAUCCGUUCGGGGAGGGCUAGUAGAAUCUCUCCAGGAUGCUUGCAGAAUCCCUCCGGAAUGAUUUCAGAAUCCCUCCGAAAUGCUUGUCGAAAUCCUUCAGGAUGCUUGCAGAAUCUUUCCGCGAUGCUUGUAGAAUCUCUCGGAAUGCUUGCCAAAUCUCUCCGGGAUGCUUGCAGAAUCUCUCCGGGACGCUUGCAGAAUCCCUACGAGAUGAUUGUAGAAUCUCUCCGGGAUGCUUGCAGAAUCCCUUUGAGAUGUUUGCAGAAUCCUUAUGAAUGACCUGCAGAACCCCUCUGGGAUACUUGCAGAAUCCCUCGGAGUGUAAAAAUCCUACAAGAUGUUUGCUGAAUCACUCCAAAAUGCUUGCAAAACCGAUCUGGGAUGCCCGCCGAAUCCCUCCGGAAUAAUUUCAGAACCUUUCCGAAAAGCUUGUAGAAAUCCUUCAGGAUGCUUGCGAAAUUCCUCUGGGAUGCUUUCAGAAUAUCUCCGGAAUGCUUGCCGAAUCUCUUCAGGAUGCUUGCCGAAUCUCUCCGGGAUACUUGCAGAAUCCCUCCUGGAUGCAUGCAGAAUCCCUCCGGGAUGCUGCAGAAUCCUUCAGGGAUGCUUGCUCUUAUUACUUGUUCAUCACAACCAAACGUAAUCAGGAUCUAUGUCUACAACUAUACUCGCAUGGUAUGUUACAAACACAAGCAAACACAAAUUGAGCCACAAUGAUGGAAGACACAUCCACUGUUCACUGUUUUACACAGAUAAAACCCAAACUGUCCAAACCGCGAAAGCAAAUGCAAAGCGAAGGAAAUGUGCUAGUAGUGAAAUAACCAGAAGGAUAACGUUGUUAUAUUUAUUUACCAAUUUUACUAUUUACCGUUGUUGUCAUAAGGAGGAAAAGAAAAGUUUAUUAUACCAAUAUACGUAGGAAAUAUUUGAGUGACAUACCGACAAACAUGAAAAAAAGAUAAAUUCAAAACAGUAACCACUCAAUUUUAAAAACGAGAAAAUACAAAAGCAUUGCUUGAAAUCACAAAAAAUACAGUUGUCCCAUCGGAAGAGACUCAACUCUUGACAAAUAUUUUUUACUUUCUAUUUUACCAAUGAAGCAUUUAUUUUAACGAAAGUAUUUAUUUUUAUACAGACCGAAUUUUGAUAACCGAAAACAAAGAAAAUCAGGUUUUGCACUUUCGACUAUCGCAGUAACCACAUUGGAAAACCCAUUCGCGCCAAUCUUCGAUCGAUUUGUCACAGCACACUAUGUUCAUGUUCAUGUUUUAGGACACAGCCGAAGCACAAUAAUCGCCCGAAAUGGCACCACUCUGAGUUGGAAUGUUAUAAGAAAUGAAAUCCGAAAAAAGGGAAUGGAAGCAAACGGGUGUGCCAAAAAUGGAAUGCAAAAGCUAACUAUCGAUGAAAUAAAUAAUACUUUGACGUUUUACGCUUAUUACAUAUAUAGAGAAAGAAGUCGGAAACGGAGAAGGAAGUGAGGUUAGGAACUUACACAAGACACAUUGCGAGCAAAAUCCAUAGGCAGGCAUACAUAGAAAAGGCGAAUUCAGAAGCAUUACUAACAUUUAAAGUUUGAAAUCUACACUACAGAAACAGAAGAGAACCUAAAUCAUUGCAUUGUAAUUUACUAAACUAACAAACAACAUCACACUCAAAAACACACACACACACACACACAUACAGAGAGACAAACAGAAAGUACUAAACUGAUAUAAUUGAGUGGUUUUUAAUAAGAGGUAAAAAAAUGAAAAUAAACAGUUAACUUUAUAGAAAACGUAUAAAUAAUUGAGCAAAAAAAAAAAAAGAAUCGACGAAACACUAAUCUGGAUUGCGUUCAAGCAUUUUGAAGAUUUCAAUAAACGUACACAGGUUAUGUUUAGCAAAACAAGGAAAAAUACUAACUGUAGCGAUAAUGUGCAAGUGGGAGAAAAUUAAUUAUUACAAAAAAGGCCUAAUAAUUACAGAGAAGAGGAUAUAAGCCAAAGAACAUUUUUUUAACCAAAAGUAAGAAAAAAAAACUAAGUAAGCAACAAAAAAAUAAGACACAUAAAACAAAACAAAGACGAGCUGACGUAGGAAGAUAAACGACUCGGACAACGGACUGGGGAAAUGGAACGAUGGAAAUCGGUGCAACUGAAAUCAAAAUCAUAAUAAAAAAAAA